GUUAUGAAUGAUUGGCAGCACUGUAUGACAACUCUAAAUCGACGUUGUUAAUUCGCAAAUCAUAUAUUAAACCGGAGAAGAGAAAAUAAUUAAUUCGGAUAUAAUAAUAACAUUUAAAAUAUUUAUUGAAAAUAAUACUACAAAACAAAAAGACAGUGAUUAUUUUGAUAUAAUACAAGAGGAACUGACGUGUAAAAAAAAAAAAAUAAAAACUCAAGUGUAACCAAAUUUUCUGUCGCGCUGCCAUUUUACAAAAAAAGUAUAGCAAAGCAAAAAAUUAAACUCCCUGCAUAUAUGAUCAGACGAAAUUCCAUCAUUCACUUUCUUCUACGAGAUGUGACCACGACAUCAAAUUACAAAAGCUUUAUUGUAUAGCGUCGUAUUAAUAGAGGAAGCUUUUGUAUAGCCAACAUAUUUAAUAAUAACCAGCAAACUGUCUUCAAAUAGGCAACAGUUACCCGAUUCUGAAAAAUUGACGCCGCAGGAUCAACCAUCACUUAGUGACCAGCAUAUACUAUACACACCGGUCUUCUAUAUCUCUGGGAACGGUGGUUAUGUAGCAGCACCAUCUGCGGGUUAUACAUUACCCCAACAGAGUGGGCUGCAACAGCCAACUGUAAGUGCAGCAGCUUCAGGCUCUGCUGUACCAUCACAACCCCCACUUCAACUUCUACACGGCAUUCAGCCAACAGUAACUUCUGGGCAACAAACAGAUUUAUAUAAAAUGCAGCCUCAAUCGGCGCAAAACAUUAUUAUAACAUCUAAUAAAAAGAAAAAAUACACUUCUAAUGCUCAAACAGCAUCAUUAGCGUCUAAACAACAACAUCAACAACACCAAGUGGCAUUAUUACAAAGUGUAAAUAAACAACAACAAUAUCAUAUAAAUAAAGGUUACAAUGUGGUUUCUAUAUCUAUGAGUAGCAAUACUAUAAAUACGGCGGCAGUAACAGGAAGCGGAGGGGUCCAACAGCAAAUACAACCCCAGCAGCAUUCAUAUCAUGUGCAACACCAUCAGGGUCAUGUUACGCAGCACCAUCAGCCACAUCAGCCAUCCAUAGUGAACUGCAAAAUAAAUCAGAAUUUUAUUACUCGAGGAGCCAACAUGUCUCUAUCAUCUGCUGCAGCUGUUGCUCCUUCAACUGGCAACGGAUCUGUAAUAUGUACAACAAAUGCUGUGCUUACAUUACAUCAUAAUGGUCAACACUCUUGUCCAGAACCUUUGAAUUCUCAAGCGAUGUUUAAUAUGUCUACUCAUAGGGCAGUUGGUGCGACUGGUUUAAACACGUCAUUACCAUCAUUAGUUUCAAGUGCUAAUGGCAACAAUCAAAUUGAUACGAAUUCUUCAGCUCUCUUAGUUGGGAAUGGUGCCGAAGUUGUGGUAAAUGAUAAUAGUCAUAAUAUUGGCUCCCUUCAAGGUACCACUAAUAUGUAUGGAUGUAGCACGCCACCUACGAGCGAUGGGGGUUUAAUUACCUUAAGCAGUACCAUGCACGCUGCUGGCGCCAAUACCUUGCCGCUAUCUUUAGGUGGAAAUUCUGCUGUGAAUGCAGCACCUUCUAUAAAUUCAAGUCUGACGGCUGCAUGUGGCUCAAACUCUACUUCCUACAUCACUUCCACAACAAUACAUGAUAAAAUCAACAUUGGAGUUAACAUGGGCUGUCAAGACACUAGAAAAUAUGACUACAAAACCAAUAAAUUUAAUACAGCCGCAACAGCUAUCAACUCGUCAACUACACUAAAUAAUAACUAUCAAAUGCAUGCAGAGUACGUUCCGCAAAGUGCGGCAAACAAUUCCCCAGGGAGAUCAAAUCAGCCGACAGCAGGUAAUAUUUAUAGACAGAAUCCUUCAAGUCCAGCAACAAGGAAUAGAUACGUUCAUUCUGCCACUAUGUAUCCUGCAGUACAUCAAAGCGUUGUAUUGGGACAGUUUACAGCACCAUAUGCAACGCGCACUCCACAAUUACAACAGUGUCAAUAUUCACCUCAAUAUUAUCCGCAAAUGUAUUAUCCUUACUAUUUGCAACAGCCUCCACAACAACAACGUACGACAGUUAAUCCGGCUGUCGGAGUUGGACUAAGCGGUGCUAUGGCCGUACAACCGGGAGGUUCGGUUAGUGGCCCCACAGCACCUGGCAACCAGGGUCAGAUACCUUUAGGUGUAGCACCAGUUGCUGCUAAUACGGUUCUAAGUGUUGCCAAUACAUCUGCAGCUCAACCAGUUGGAAUCCCUCCAUUAGUUGGAAUGCCACAUCAGCCACCACCUCAACAACAGCAACAAAAUCCGCCCCAAACGAAGGGGAAGCUACGUUCACAUGCGUUGCAAAUUAUUCAUCCUGUUACAAAUAGAAAUAUUUUAGAUGAUUUGGAUAUCGAUAAGAAUGAGUCGCCUACCGUUGCAGCAGGAGUUCAAGUAACAUCAUCUACAUCUGGGCCAAAUGUAGAUACACCAUUAGAUACAGAUAUUGGUUCCUUAACAACUUCAUCUACAUCUAUAAAAUCGACUGUCAAGAUACCUGAAACAUCAAAAUCACACACGGAAGUCGUGCAACAAAUGGAAACGUCACCAGUACACCAAUCUAGUACUGAACGAAACUUUAAAGAAACAACUCAACAACUGCAGCAAACUCCAAUUGUAUCGGCAAUGACAGACGCGCCAUCUGUUGAAAUAUUCCCUACACAACCACAAAAACAGAAAACUAAAAAAUCCCAAAAUGUUACCGGCAUGAAACAGGACCAAAACUUGAGUCAAGGCAAAACGGAAGAAAAUAUAAAGCAAGUGUCUGAUGUAUCUCCAACCUCUACUACUGCAAAUUCCAAUUGUGUUCAAGAAUCGCUUCCAACAAAUUAUAUUAACCAACAAGUGCCACACCAAGAACAAUUAAAAGAUAAACAUCAGGAGGAAAAUAUUUCACCCGAGACGCCGUCAUCAUCUUUAGAAACUACAAGUGAUAUCAAUACUGUUAGUAAACAAAAGGACGAGAGGAAAGAAAGUUGUACAGGGGAUUAUUUCGGUGCUAGUGAACAAGACAAAUCUACUAUUUAUAAUAUAACGGAAUCUGUAAAAACUAUGCAACUAGGAGAAAAAGAAACUUUAACAUUACCUCAACAAAAACAAAUAAAUAUUGUUAAUAGUAAUGAGCAGCAAGAACAAGAGCAGCAAGAAACACAAUAUUCAAAUGCAACAAAUGGAAAUAAUAUAACAACGGCGACAACAUUGACUGAAACAAUAAACAACAACAUAGUUAAUAAUAGCGAUAUUGUUAACAACAAUAAUAACCAAAACAGCAAUAAUGUAAAUAAAGCAAACGUGUUUUCUACUAAUCCCGCAACCAAUAAAAAUACUGACAAAAUUGUCAAAAAGAAUGAUAAUGUUACUGAAAACCUUAAAACCGUAUCAGCUAAAGUUGAAGCUAGAGCCGCGGAUACAGGCAAUACUGUUAGUAAUAACACAACGACUUCGAAGGAUGAAACAAACGAUGAAACAGACAGAGCUAAUAUCUUAACGAAAAAUGAAUUAGAAAGUAAACAAAAGAAUGAACAAGUUUCGACACCUACAAACGAUAACACGUCAAUAAAAUCUCCUAAGAAUGAAAAAGCGGAACCUGCCAAUGAUAAUAUUAGUAAAGGAGGUACCGAUGAUAAGGAAGAGGGUAGUAGCGAAAGCAAAGCCACAGAUGAAACGGCCGCUAACAAUAAACAAUCAUUUGAAUCAUUGAUUAAUUACAAUGAAGGUCAGUGGUCGCCAUCAAAUCCUAGUGGAAAGAAGCAGUACAAUCGUGAACAAUUGAUGCAGUUACGUGAAGCGAAGGCUUCUCGCAUACAACCUGAAGUGAAAAACACCUCAAUAUUUUCGCAAACCAAUUUAAUGCCAGCAUUUGCAUCACGAGGCAACAAAAAGGUUCAGUCAAUGGUUGGUGGCUUUGGUGGAGCCAGGGGCAGCAGUAGUGGUGAUGGCAACUACCAAAAUAAUUAUAUGAAGCAAAGUUCCAUGUCUGGUCGCGGAGGUGGAGACGGUCAUCAUAAUCGGAAUAGUGGCAAACCUAUAAUACAUUUAAAUCUAUCCCUUAAUCAAGAUGUUAAACUGAAUGAAGCCGAUAACGCCUGGCGCCCCAGCGUAUUGGUUCAAGGUGCUGAAAAACAACUUGAUCCAGAAACGAAGGCGCAACGUGAAAAGGACGAAUUGAUACGCCGUGUCCGUGGUAUAUUGAAUAAACUAACUCCCGAGAAGUUUGAACCUCUUGUGGAAGAAAUUAUUAAACUUAAAAUAGAUACCAUGGAGAAAAUGGAAGCUGUAAUGAUUUUGGUUUUCGAAAAAGCUAUCGAUGAGCCAAAUUUUUCAGUAUCAUAUGCUAGUUUAUGUCACCGUUUAAUCAACGAAGUAAAAGCCCGUGACGAACGCAUGGAAAGUGGCACAAAAUCCAAUCUCGCUUACUUCCGUAAUGCACUUUUGGACAAAACAGAAAGAGAGUUCACUCAGAAUGUAACCAAGAGCAGUGCAAAGGAAGAAAAACUGAAACCAAUAAGAGAAAAGAUUAACAACUGCAAAGAUCCAAAUGAAAAGGUUGAAUUGGAAGCUUUAUUGGAUGAAGAGGAGCGCAAGAUACGCAGACGUUCGGGUGGUACAGUGCGUUUUAUUGGUGAACUAUUUAAGAUAUCCAUACUCACCGGCAAAAUCAUACACACCUGUAUUGAAGCCUUACUCAAAGACCCCAAUAACGAGGAUAUGUUGGAAUGUUUAUGUAAACUUUUGACCACUGUUGGACAGAAAUUUGAACAAACAAACAUGCCCAAAGAAGAUAAACGCAAAUACUCAUUAGAGAGCGUAAUACAAAGAAUGCAAAACAUUGCAUCGAAAAAUGAGAAUUCAAAAAUAUCAUCACGUGUUAGAUUUAUGCUACAGGAUGUUAUUGAUUUACGCAAAAAGAAAUGGCAAUCAACACGCAAUGAAGCUCCCAAGACUAUGGAACAAAUCGAAAAGGAGGCUAAUAGUGAACAGUUAAGCAAUCCGUACCAUUAUAUGAACUCAAUGCCCAGUGGUGGUGAUUCACGCAAACGCGAAGGUGGUGGUCGUAAUGACGGUCGAUCUAGUAAUUAUGGUGGAAGCCAUAGUCAACGAGGUGACACAGGUAGCCUUAAACGUCAACAAGGUGGAGUUGGUGGCGGUAGUCACAGUCAAUCUGGCAAUUCAAAUAAUGAUGAUACAUGGCAUGUACAAACUGGUAAAGGCAACCGUACUCUGGCUGUAGAUUCCAGUAAACUGGUUGGACUGACUACUGUUGAUAUGAACAAUAAGAAAAUGGGUGGUCUUUCAUUAUUCCUGUGGCCUAAAACAUCAUCGCAACCAACAACAACACCAUCAAAUUCCUUUGCAGCAUUGUCGAUGGAUUCAAACAGAAGUUCCGACCGUGAUAGAGAACGAAGUGGACCACGUAAUAAAGGUUCAUACAACAAGGGUUCCAUGGAGCGUGAUCGUUAUGAUCAUGGUAGAUUAUUAUCACGGAAUAAUUCAACACAAGCCUCGCGAGAAAAUUCUUCAUCUCGUAGUGCCCAGGGAGUUCGUGGAAUGGGUAGUAAUUCGUCAAAUAUGCAAAAAUCUGCUAGUCAUUCGAAAUAUCAACAACCCAUGUCCACUUCCUCUUCGUCUAGAAUGACUUCAACGAAAAUGCCCGGCGGAGGAACAUCAGGUUCUAGUAUAUACCGUGAUAACCAACAGCAAUCUUCUUACUAUGGUUCCAAUGCUACGCAUCAACAACAACAUUUCAAUCCUGCAGCAAGUGAAUCAACUCAGCCAUCAUCUGCACCUCCAGCAGUUUUUGAAGAGCCAACUGAAGCAGAUUUGAAAUUAAUUAAGGCUGUUGUCAUUGAGAUGGUUGAAAACGCUGCCAAUUCUAAAUCAAUAGACAGCACGACUGUAUCCUGCAUUAAGAAAAUAAAGGAAAAUCAGCGAUGUGGUUUACUAUAUUAUAUACUUACGGAUUAUUUGCAUUUGGCAGAGGUUAGACCAAUGUGCAGGCGACAUCUGGCAAAUGUUGUAGCAUAUUUAAUUGAAAAUAAAUACAUUUCCGUCGAACAUUUCCGCUUAGCCUAUAAACAAUUUUCCGAAUUUGCUAGCGAUUUAAUGGUCGAUAUACCCGAUCUAUGGUUGUACAUUUUCGAAUUUACCGGACCCUUAAUUGUUAAGAAACUAAUAACUGUAAAUGAUUUAUGGAGCUCACAGUUACGUGAAAGCGGAUCUUCUAGUUUUAGCACCAGAUUCCUUAAAACAUUUAUACAAUAUUGCACACGAGAAGUCGGUCCUAGUUUUACACGAAACAUGUGGAAGAAAAAUCAGAUAAAGUGGACAGAUUUUAUGAAUGAGAAUGAAGUUAGCAAGUUUAUUCAAACAAAUAAAUUUGAAUAUGUUGAAAAUGAAAAAUGCCAACCAGACAUCGAUAAUAAAGAACCUAAAGAAAAGCGUAAUAAACGCGUUGUAGAGCAUGUAGACCAGUUGUUAAAAGAGGGCUCCAAUGCUGAUAAUGUCAUUGAUUACAUCAAUGGAAAUAUUGUAGAUGUGGAUAAAACUUUCAUUAAAAGUUUAACGACAACAUUAACAAGCUUUGCUAUAAAGGAUUCCAAUAAUUAUAGUUUAGAUUUAUCGUGCUUCCAAAAAAUUUGCAUACCUGUACUGCUGCGUUACUUAGACUCUAAAGAAGAUUUGGAACUGGAAUGCCUAUACGCCAUACAAUUGUUGGUUCAUAGUCUAGAACAUCCAAGAGGUUUAUUGGGAGCUAUUUUUGGUGAACUAAAUGAUGCAGAUGUUAUACCCCAGGAAUCCUUUAUAGCGUGGCGUGAUUCGAAGGAUCAGUCUGCAGGAAAAGGUGUGGCCGUAAAAGCUCUUAAUCCAUUUUUCAAUCAAGUUAUAAACGGUGAAACAAGCGACGAUAACUAAAUUAUUCAUCACCAUAUGCAUACAAUAUAUUUUGGAGAUUGUGCUGUGCAACUAUUAAGAGAAAAUAACAUCUAUCAAUAAUUUUAUAAGCGAAUAAUAAGUUAAAAACUUAAUAUUAAAGUUUUUUAUAUAAAGAAGGUCAAAACUUUUUGUAUUGAAGUAUGGGAAUGAAAAAUGUAAUAAAAAUACUAUAAAUUUUUAAUUUUAUGUUAUAUUUUUUUAUUGUAUUUGUAAAAGUGAAAGAUUGUAUGAAAUGAAUUAUAUAUUAUAAAUAUUUAAACGUAACUUUCUAAGGCCUACUAUAUAUUACAUUAUAUGCAUAACGAUGAAAUAUUACAGAAAGUGUUAAAUUUGUUGUAUGUUUUAAAACACAAAUUUUUUUUAUUGGUUAAUAUUGUACAACAUCGAUAUUCGAAAAAUUUGCUAGUAACCGAUAAAAAAACAUUAUGUUAAUUAUAUAAUUUAUACUGAACAAGUCGAAUCAAUUUGUAAACAAAACAGACAAAUUUAUAAGUAAAAAUUACGAAAAACACAAAAGGAACUAAAAACUGGAUUUAAACAAAAUGCUAUCACAUAUAUAUAUUAUAUCUCUAAGAGAUUUUCAAUAUAUGUAAAUGUUAAACUUAAGUCGUUGCUCUUGUAAAAACAAAAUAAAAAAACAAAGAAAACACUA